AUGCUAAACAGGUCUCUCUAUCAAAUCAACCAACACACAAAUUUCUAUAUCAAAAUGGAGAAUGCAAGCUAUCACGCCGGACAGACCAAGGGCCAGGCUCUGGAAAAGGGCAACCAGCUGCUGGACAAAGCUGGCAAUGCUGCACAAUCUGCUAAAGAAUCAUGUCAAAAUGCGGGACAGCAGGCGCAGGCGAAGGCACAAGGUGCUGUUGAUGCUGUCAAGGAUGCUGUUAACUCAAACAAGUGAGAGAGAGAGAUCAUGAUCACCAUGUCACAUGCUUCCUUCUAUUUUUAUAUUUUUAUUUUUCCUGUCGUUGAAACCAUAUUCAUUUGAUUUCAUGUUUGGGUUUCAUUAUGCUAGUUUCUGUGUAGCUAGGUUUCCUUUCCUGUGUAAGGAGGAAUCACAUCAUCAUUUGAAGUAAUUCUGCAAGAUUGGAAUGACAAAA